AACAUGGCGACCUCCAUGUACCCUUGAAUGUUGACAACAGUGCUAUGUGCUGACGGUGCGUUAACAUUUCACCCUAAAAACUAUGGUUUAAUUACACCACAAUUACCUCACCAUUCUUAAUUGAUGAACCAGACCCGUAGAUACACGAUCGCCCAAAAUAUGGCUGCUGGAAAUCAGGAACAGGACAACCGAACCAACACUCUGACUGAGGAGCACAUGAGGAGCGCCAUAGAGACCGUCCUUGGAAAGACGGAGCAGAGCUACGAGGACUUCAUGAGCUGCUUCACCAGUCUCAGAAAAGAGGAUGUUGUGGAGCACCAAGCUCAACAGCUGCAGAAGAUGCUGAGGCAGCAGAACGACAUGGCUGAAGGUCAAAGGUCACACGGGGUAAUGAACCCGAUUGGAGAUCUAAAACUAAUAGAGCACGGCAGCAAAAAGGAUGACAUUGAAACCGAGGAACUAGACGAGGGCCACUAUGCACCAACACGUCAGUCAGCAGAUUUACCUGCAGGUCCCAGAUUUGUUCAGAUGGACAACUUUGUCGAUGAUGCCGAGCUCCUUGAAGACGAUCUUGACAAUGACGAGGAAUUUGCAUCCUGUCGAUACGAGUCGUCCUUCGGAAUCGUCGACAGCUCCCCCGCCUCCUCGGCCUUGAAGCUCACCAGACAACUCGUCGAGAGGAUAGAAGAAGAUGAAGGAAAUGACAACAAAGAUGAGAUAUCGCAAGCUCAUCCGGAAUUCGGAGGAGGAUGCGAGAUGCGAACGCUUCCCGGAGAGGCAGAGGAGGAGGAGGAUGGGCAAGGAGUCUUAUCUCUCUCAGAUGAUGCAGUCCAUCGGACAGAACUUGAGAUGUCAACGAGAUGUCCAGAGGCUGUCGCCACAGAAGACGACCCACAAUCAGAAACAAGAUUAGAGGAUUCCAGUGAUGAAGUGCAGCCCUUUUCGUUGGAUGCAGACUUUGAUUACGAUAACGUUGCAUUGACACCCAAAUGGGACUCGAACCAUGGACCGCCAGGGUGGAAGCCUGGUCAUUGACCAUGCACAACUGAAAGUACUUCUACAUCGUGAGGUGCUUUAUUUAUUUUCAAUUGAGCAGACACCCAAGUUGGAUUCGAAUCAUGGACCGCCAGAAUGGGAACUUGGUGAAGCCACUGCUGAAAUGCUUCUCCAUGAAGUAACCCCAUUAAAUUUCAACUGAGAAGACAUCCAAAUUGCAUUCGAACCAUGCACUGCCAAGAUGGAAGCCUGGUAACUGACCACAACUGGAAUACAUGUAGUUCACAGACUGCUGUAAAGUGUGUUAAAGCAGUACGCUCAAGUUGGAUUCGAACCUUGGACUUUCCAGACUAUCUCUACAAGCUGGGCCCAAUUUCAUAGCGCUGCUUAACAGUUAGCAGAAAAGUUGUGCUUAUUGUAGCAGCACAGGCGUUGUUGGGGGGGGGUAAAAAAAAAACAUUAGUCAGUUUUGCCGGCAAAAUCAUGAUGCUGUCGGCAAAAUAGAAACUGAUGAAUGCCGAAAGAAGGGGAAAGGAAGAGGAAAGAAGGGGAAAGGAAGGGGAAAGGAAGAGGGAAGAAGAAAAAAAUGGAGAAUGCAACUAAUAAACACUGCUGCCCAAAACCCAGCGAAGCUAAAAUCCGGUUCUGUAACCCAUGGCAAAAGAUUGUACAUUCUGUCAUGUCGGCACAAGCUGCCGCGCGAAGUCGCUUCAUAAACGGGGGUUGACAGCUACAGCUGUGCAAAACACAAGCACGUGCUCGCUCGCAGACAGUUACGAAUUGAGCUGAUUCUCAACAUCAUGGAUCAAGCUAAAGAGGGCAAAUCUCAAAGGAGAGUCAAGCUACAGUUUUGAUGUGGUGUUUGUGA